GAGUGAACAGAGAGGACUUGGUUCCAAAUGUUGUUUCAAAGCGUGGACCUGAAGCCAAGAGAUGUUGGGUUCAGGUUUUGGUCAUAUUUGAAAGCUUUUUGAGUUACUGUGUUGACAAUUAAUUAAUUCACCGGUAUCGCCGUAAGACAAUGGCGACGGCGGGGUUGUACCGACGCCUUCUUUCUUGUCCCCCUGCUGUUGAAUUUGCUUCCUCUCAAGGCAAGCAACUUUUUCUUGAAGCCAUUCAAAAUGGAAACAUGGAAGGCUUUUAUAGGUUGGUUUCGUAUUUUCAAACACAAUCGGAGCCUGCCUUUUGUGGCCUCGCGAGCUUGUCCAUGGUCCUCAAUGCUCUUGCCAUUGAUCCUGGCAGGAAAUGGAAAGGACCUUGGAGAUGGUUUGAUGAAUCUAUGUUGGACUGUUGCGAACCUCUCGAAGAGGUCAAGGCUAGAGGCAUAUCAUUUGGGAAACUUGUAUGUUUGGCUCAUUGUGCUGGAGCAAAAGUUGAAGCCUUUCAUGCAAGCCAUAGCAGCAUUGAUGAUUUUCGUAGAUAUGUCAUGAAGUGUUCAACUUCUGAUGAGUGUCACGUAAUCUCAUCAUACCACAGAGCUGCUCUCGAACAAUCAGGAACAGGUCACUUUUCUCCGAUCGGAGGCUAUCAUGUUGCAAAGGACAUGGCACUUAUUUUGGAUGUUGCACGUUUUAAGUAUCCUCCCCAUUGGGUCCCACUCACACUUCUUUGGGAAGGCAUGAAUUAUGUUGAUGAAUCCACUGGACAAUCCAGAGGGUUCAUGCUUAUAUCAAGGCCUCACAGAGAACCAGGCAUGCUUUAUACUCUGAGCUGCAAACAUGAGAGUUGGAUUAGUAUUGCAAAAUUCCUAAUGGAUGAUGUUCCUGUUCUAUUAAAAUCAGAGGAUGUGAAAGAUGUUCAUAAGGUUCUUUCAGUUAUAGUCACAUCCCUUCCAUCUAAUUUUGAAGAAUUCAUCAAGUGGGUUGCAGAGAUCAGGAGGCGAGAGGAUGGUGGUCCAAGUUUAAGUGCAGAGGAGAAAGCAAGGCUAGCUGUCAAGGAAGAGGUAUUGAAACAAGUGCAGGAGACAGUGCUUUUCAAACAUGUGACCUCCUUUUUGUCAAAUUCUUGUGGCAGGCAAAAACCAAUUUCGGGUGAUGGAGACACCUUACCUGUCGUUGCUGCAAGUGUUUGUUGCCAAGGAGCAGAAAUUUUAGGUGGGAAACUCGGCUCAUCGGAAGGCUAUUGCUGUCGAGAAACAUGCACGAAAUGCUGGAAAGCUGAAGAUGACAAACCAAUAACAAUGGUUUGUGGGACUGUGGUAAAUGGUAACAGUGAGCAAGGGGUUGAUGUGCUGAUUCCUUCAUCAUCUGGGAGAUUAUGUUGCAGUUGCUCUAGCCCAAGUAAGUACAUUAGGAUGCACCCAGCUAGCACUGAUGUGCUAACAGUGCUUCUAUUGUCCUUACCAUCUACAACAUGGGCUGGCAUCACAGAUGAGCAGCUUUUGAGUGAAAUACAUGACCUUGUUUCAAUUGAAAAUCUUCCUACUUUGCUUCAGGAAGAGGUUCUGCACUUAAGACGACAGCUACACCUUCUCAAGAGAUGUCAAGAGGGUAAGGUAGAUGAGGAUCUCGGUGCUCCUUUCUCUUAGUAUCUCCCUCAUUUUUAAUCAUCCAUAUCAAGGCUGAGUCUCUCUCUCUAUUCCGGGGUCUCGUGACACUGUAAAUUUAUAUUACAGAACUUGGAACGCCUUCAACUCGCUUUAUGACACCUCAGGACGACAACCGAUGUACUUACUGAAGAUUGUUUUGUUUUAGUUUUUUGGAUAAUAUGCGACUGAAGAAAUUUUGUUGGCUCUUAAUUGAUAGAAUGCUUAUUUUUAUUCAUUUUCAUAUUCAUUAGUCCU